AUGCAUCUCAUUCUCACUGGUGCUACAGGCCUUGUUGGCUCCAGCGUUCUAGAUGCUAUGCUCAAAUCGAAGGAGAUCACCAAGAUCUCUAUCUUGAGCAGAAGACCAGUACCUUUGGCGGAGAAAGAUUCAAGAGUCAAUACGAUAAUUCACAAAGACUUUGAAAAGUACGAGCCUCAAGUUCUUAACCAGUUGCAAGGCGCAAACGGGGUAGUAUGGGCAUUGGGGAUCAGCCAACUCAAGGUGACAAAAGAGUCCGUCUGCGCCAUGUCACUUACGUCGAAGAUAUGCAACAGAGAAUAUGUCACCAUCACUAGAGACUUCCCUCUCGCUGCUGCUGAGGCUCUCUCUACCCUGUCGCCUACUGAGGAGCCCUUCCGCUUCAUCUACGUCUCUGGUUACGGUGCGACCACAAGCCCAGGACCAUUCACGUCACUAUUCGGGCGUGUAAAGGGAGAAGCUGAGAGGAAACUAUCUGAGCUGCGCACACCAAAGUUUCACGUCGAGACCGUACGUCCUUGUCAUGUAGACGCUGCCAAUCACGACGCGAUCAAACCGCACAUUCCCAACCCUGGUAUGGUAUAUAAUGCGCUGGAUCUAGUUCUUGGACCGAUUAUACGGACGAUGCUUCAUUCUAUGCACAGUCCAACCGAACGACUUGGACCUUUUCUGACUGAGAUGGCGAUGGGAAAGUACGAUAAGCAGUUGGCCGCAGGCGGCAACGGUAUCUCGAAUUUGAAUGGGUCAAGGAUAUUGGAGAAUAUAGCAUUCCAAAGGCUAUAUCGGCCUUGA